GAAAACAGAUGUUGCUUGGGAACAUUGCAAAGCAAUUGAUUCUAGCAAUAGAAAGCUACAAUGUAAUUAUUGUAGCAAAGUCAUAACCGGGGGGGUGUUCCGUAUGAAGCAUCACUUAGCAGGGACACAAAAGGAUGUGGGUGCUUGCAAAAGUGUUUCUAAUAAGUUGAGGCAAGAAAUGUGGGACAUUGUAGUUACCUCUAAAGAGAAAAGGAGAAAAGAGGAUGAAGACGAUGAUGAUGAUUGUGAAAAUGUUGGUUUCAAAAGAAAAAUCAACGACGAGGUUGGUGAUGGAUCGAAUACUUUUUCCAAAAAAAGGGCGACCAAUCAAAGCACCAUUAAUAGCAUGUACAAGAAGAGNAAGAAGAGUUUGAGAGAAGAUGCAUGUCUAGCAAUUUCGAGAUAUUACUUCAACAAUGCCAUAGCAUUCAACACGGCAAGAAGUGAAGAGUUUCGUAUCAUGUGUGAUUUGAUUGCAAAACAUGGACCCGGAUUCAAGCCACCGUCAUAUCAUGAGAUCAGAGUAAAGUAUUUAAAACAAGAAGUGGAGUCGACAGAACGCAUUGUCAAUGAACAUAGGAGCGAAUGGAAGAAGACAGGGUGCACAAUAAUGAGUGAUGGUGGUUUAAUUAGAAUGUUUACCUCAGAAGAAUGGAAGACAAACAAACACUCAAAAAUAAAGGAUGGAAAAGAUGUGGAGGAGAUUGUGUUGGAUACGGAGUUUUGGAAAAGCAUAGUGAUAUGCUUAAAGGGUGCAUUACCUCUCAUUGAGGUGCUUCGUUUGGUUGAUUCUGAUGAGCAUCCUGCCAUGGGAUUUCUUUACGAGGCAAUGGACCGAGCAAAAGAAAAGAUACAAGCAGCUUUCCAAAAUGUCAAGAAAAGUUAUAGGCCUUUGUGGAGUGUCAUUGAUCUCAGAUGGAAUAAACAACUUCAUAGGCCCUUGCAUGCCGCAGGCUAUUAUCUUAACCCUCGCAUGCACUAUAGCCCCGGUUUUAAAGUUGAUUAUGAAGUUAAACAAGGCGUAUAUGAUUGUUUACGACGCAUGGUGGCUGAUAUCGAAGAACAGGCAAGGAUUGAUGUUCAACUACAGGACUUUAAGAAGCGUCAAAAGUUAUUUGGNGGAGUGUCAUUGAUCUCAGAUGGAAUAAACAACUUCAUAGGCCCUUGCAUGCCGCAGGCUAUUAUCUUAACCCUCGCAUGCACUAUAGCCCCGGUUUUAAAGUUGAUUAUGAAGUUAAACAAGGCGUAUAUGAUUGUUUACGACGCAUGGUGGCUGAUAUCGAAGAACAGGCAAGGAUUGAUGUUCAACUACAGGACUUUAAGAAGCGUCAAAAGUUAUUUGGUUCUCCAUUGGCUCAAAAGACAUUUGAUAAGCUAAGUCCAGCAGAUUGGUGGGGACUCAU